CUCCCUCUCUCUCUCUCUCUCUCUCUCUCUCUCUCUCUCUCUCUCUUACAUCGUAAUACAUUCCAUGUAUCUCACUUCCUCUUAAUACAUCCACAUAUCAACCCCAUCUUAUCAACAAAUACCCGCACAACGACGUCAUCACCGCAACAUCCCCCACCAUCCCACCCCGUCCGCUAUCCCACCCUCACCUUUCCUCCUUCAAUCCACCUCUAAAUCAACAUAAUACACAUAUUUUCCGGCCAAUAUGACUUCCGGCCCAUUAUACAUCGGGUUCGACCUCUCGACCCAACAACUCAAAGGCCUAGUCGUCAACUCGGACCUCAAAGUUGUCUACGUCUCCAAAUUCGACUUCGACGCUGACUCGCGCAACUUCCCCAUCAAAAAGGGCGUCCUCGUCAAUGAAGCCGAGCACGAGGUUGUCGCUCCAGUCGCCAUGUGGCUGCAGGCCCUAGAUGGCGUUCUCGAAGGCCUGCGCGACCAGGGCCUCGACUUCUCCCGCGUCAUGGGCGUCAGCGGCGCCGGCCAGCAGCAUGGGAGUGUCUACUGGGGGGAGAAUGCUGAGAUCGUGCUGAAGAGUCUCGACGCGGGCAAGUCGCUUGAGGAGCAGCUCAGUGGGGCCUUUUCGCACCCGUAUAGUCCCAAUUGGCAGGAUUCGAGUACCCAGCGUGAGUGUGAUGAGUUUGAUGCCUGUCUGGGGGGCCCAGAGGAGUUGGCCCGUGUGACGGGGAGUAAGGCGCAUCAUAGAUUCACCGGUCCCCAGAUUUUGCGCUUCCAGAAAAAGCACCCCGACACCUACAAGAAGACCCUCCGCAUCUCUCUGGUGUCCUCGUUUCUGGCGUCGCUCUUCCUGGGUCGGAUUGCACCGUUUGACAUCUCUGACGUCUGUGGCAUGAACCUGUGGAACAUCAAGAAGGGCGACUUCGACCAGCGGCUGCUGCAGCUGUGCGCGGGCAGCUUCGGGGUGGACGACCUGAAGCGCAAGCUUGGCCCCGUCCCCGAGGACGGCGGAUUCCACCUUGGAACGGUCGACCGGUACUUCCUGGAGCGGUACGGCUUCAAUCCGAGCUGCACGGUCAUCCCGUCGACGGGCGACAACCCGGCGACUAUCCUCGCCCUGCCGCUGCGGCCGUCCGACGCGAUGGUCUCGCUGGGCACAUCGACGACCUUCCUGAUGUCCACGCCCAGCUACCAGCCCGACCCGGCCACGCACUUCUUCAACCACCCCACCACCGCGGGACUCUACAUGUUCAUGCUCUGCUACAAAAAUGGCGGCCUAGCCCGCGAGCAAAUCCGCGACGCCAUCAACGCGAAACUGGGCCCCAACGACAGUGACCCGUGGGCGCACUUCGACCGCAUCGCGCUGCAGACCCCCGCCCUGGGCCAGAAGGACCCGGCCUCCGACCCCAUGAAGAUGGGCCUGUUCUUCCCCCGCCCGGAGAUCGUGCCGAACCUGCCCGCCUGCCAACGGCGCUUCACCUACCAGCCCCAGGACGGCCGUCUGCACGAGACGGCAGACGGAUGGGAUCGGCCGGCCGACGAAGCGCGCGCCAUCGUCGAGAGCCAGCUCCUGUCACUCCGGCUGCGGUCGCGCGAGCUGACAACCAGCCCCGGCUCGGGGAUGCCGGCCCAACCCCGCCGGGUGUACCUCGUGGGCGGCGGGUCCAAGAACAAGGCAAUCGCCAAGCUGGCGGGCGAGCUGCUGGGCGGCAGCGAGGGGGUGUACAAGCUGGAGAUCGGGGACAACGCGUGUGCCCUGGGAGCGGCCUACAAGGCGGUUUGGGGCAUCGAGCGCACGCCGGGUCAGACGUUCGAGGACCUGAUCGGGAAGCGAUGGCACGAGGAGGAGUUCAUCGAGAAGAUCGCGGACGGAUACCAGCCGCGGUUGUUUGCGCAGUACGGUCAGGCGGUAGAGGGAUUCGCGAAGAUGGAGCAUCAGGCGGUGGAGGAGGCGAAAAACCAAUGAAUUUCUCUUUGUUUAAAAUCAUAUAUAUAUAUAUAUAUAUAUAUAUAUAUAGAUAGAUAUACUCUACGAUAUAUAAUAGUUGAUCGGCAUGAUGUCAGGCAUGGAUGCGCUGUCCUGGG